AUGGCAGACCAUGAACAAGAUGGUACUAACCAUCCUAGGUGUCCCUAUGUGGUCAGAAAUAUCAUAAAACUCCAACUAAAGACACCAUUUGAUGGACAAACAAUAGACGUCAAAAUAACCAAGGUCUUUGAACCGUUUACCUGUUCCUCUGCGAUGGUUGUUCGACCAGUCUGCCCUACUACCACUUGGGAAAGUGAUAUGGUACUGAAACUCUUCGACCGACGUUUUGCAACAGAAGCCAGAAAAGAUGAUAGACUUAGUCCUUGGACUUCGGAUAUCGAACAAAAUUAUCAUCAGUUCAUUCUCGAUGGUCAUGCAGCGAAACUUGUUGCCGAGCUAACCGCUGAUAAAGAUUUGCCCGAUUGGAAUUUUGGUACCUGGAAUUCUUCUCAAGAUGAAACCUAUUUGCAUGACUAUAUACAAGGUCUCUAUGAGACAGAAAUUGAAGCAUACAACAUACUAGCCGAUAUACAAGGAGGAAUACUAAACGAGGAUGUCAAGACGAGGAAUUUUGUUGUGCAAAGUUGCCCAGAAAAUCGAUUCCACGUUUUCAUGAUUGAUUUCGCGUUAUGCAACUUCCGUGAAAAAUAUCCAGGUGAAGACGAAUGGGAAGAGUGCAAGUCAUGGCAGGAUGAAGAAGGGGCAGUUGGAUUUGUUAUGCAGAAGAAGCUGCCAGGUGGAUUCGUGUACCAUCGAUCUGCUCGAUACAAAAAGCUGGAUGAGAAAUACGGAAUGGAUGGCUGA